UUUCACUCGCAAUCUUUCUCAUUUGUUUAUUUCCUCUCUCUUCUUUUUGUUCGGAAAAUGCUUUCGGCUGUGUAGGUGUUGGGGAUGAUUGUCCUACCAUAGUGAAAUGCAUACUUUUCGAUUGCAAAUUAUUUGGACGCAUACAGUCCUAUAUGUGUGCCGUAUGCCGUUAGGUGCUACUGACUCUUAUUUCAGAGUAAGGCGUGUGUAUUUAAAUUUUUUCUUCUGUUUUGAGACUUCUACUGUGGAGAAAAAGGUUUACGUUAACAACCAAACAAGAAAAGAGAACGAGGAGCAAAAUGUGGGGACGGGUCAGCUGGCAGGCAGCAGUGGCUUAUAUUGAUUGGGAUAGUGGCAAGGAAUAAAAACGAGUAGCUGAUACAGUGCUCCAGUCUCAGCAUUUGCAAGCAACUGUCACUUUAAAAUUCACUGUUGAGUAGAAAAAAUUGCAUUGCAAAACGGUCGUAUCGGUGUAAUAUUGCUAGUCAUAUCCGGUGCAAUGCUUCUUUUCGGAUGGUUAUCGGUGCUCUUUCUAGCAGUUUUAUUCCUUUACAACAGCACCGCUAUAAUCCACAUGAAUGGCUUACUGCAUGCAAGAGGGUUUACUAAGAAAAAACAAUAACAGUAAUUGCAUUGUAAGCUGUGUAAACUGAAAUUAUUAUACUAUAAAAAAUGAAAAAAAUCGUGCAAAUAAAUAUAUAUACAAAAAUAAAGAAGCAAUCCGAGGAUGAAAAGCUUGAUAACAACAGAAAUAUUGAGCCGAAUUGAUGUUUAAAAAAGUACAUAAGAAAUUCUCACGGUCACUUCAAUUCCACGCACCGUACGCCGCACAUUAUGCAGGAUUGUUAUUACAUUGACUCUGUGCUCGACCAGUCAACGUGCAGAUCUUUGUGUGCGGUAGUCGAUGCACUUGGAACUUUGGUGUUGUUUAAGCCAAAGAACUUUAUCGUUUUUUCUUUUGGAAAAUCGAUAUAUCGCUCGAUUUUCUUUGUUAUCAAUGCACAAAAUACCAUGCGAAGUGCGUUCCUAAGAUACCACAACCAUUUGAAUCAAAGCGCUUAGUAUUCCCUAAAUUGACUAUUUGGAGUAGAAUUCCAACUAUACGUGAAAGAAGAGAAUCCUUUACAGAAUUAUUCAAAAAUAACGUUAUUUUCGGAUAGCAAUGAACUUUUCACCAUUUGGUAAUACUUUCCCCGGUACAACCACUAUUCCUGGAUUGCCGCAGUUCACGACAACUGCAGCGCCACAAGUUUCGACUGUAACCUCAGCGGCGGCGGUUGCCACUGUAACGUCGCAAGGAGCAACGCAGCAGGAGGAAACUGCCUCCACCAGCGGCCGCUACCAAUCACAGCAGCAGCAGCCACAACAACAACAGCAACCAUCGUCUGCCAAUGUAAGUAUGACACAUUUUAACCAACCAGCACUCCCGAUCGCUGCUGGAACAACCGUCACCGCCAUACAUGCAAAGUUCCGCACAUCGGGCGAUGAGCCGCAAGGGGAUAAAUACAAUGGACAUUUGGUGACUAUAGAAACAGCAGGUACCAGCGGCGCACAGCAAGAGCCACAAUAUGGUAACAUACCAACGUACACUACCCAACAUGCGGAUGAUAAACAUUUGAUUACAGCAGCCAUUGCGUAUCCACAAAAUACGAUUACCGCUUCGUCGUCAACGACAGCGGCAAUGGCAGGUAUAGCGGUCACAAAUGCUACGCAGCAACAUCAGCUGCAUGUUCAACAACAAGUGUCUGGACCACAAGAGUUAACACAGGACUUGUGCAACGCCAUUUUACAACAACAAGGUGUGGAUACAAAGCUUGUUCUACAAAAUACCUCAUGGCAAUCGCUAACACCAGGUACCACAGUAGCUGAUUACCUCUCCCAUCUUCCAGCAAACACACUACCAUUGUCGCUACAUCAUUUCCUCAAGUAUUCAGCCGAAACGAUAAAGAAAGAAAAUCAGGGUGUAGUUUUACAGGUACAAACGGGAGCACCUAUUGGCAUCAAUACCAUUGCCGGUACAACAACCAUUACAAUACCUCAACAGCAAACGGAGGCACAAAUACAACAACAACAACARCACCAAGGAGCAACAACAGCACACCUACAAACAGAUCCGUCGACUAGCGACGCUGUUGCAAUGGCCCCAACCUCAGCUAUUAGUGCAACUAAUACAUCGAAAAAGAAGAAACGAAAAAAACGUCCUAAGGAUCGGAAGCCAAAAUUGAGACCUGGCGAAAUUCGGCUUACAACAGCUCUGGAUGGAAGCCCUUUAUAUUUGUGCCCCGAAUGCCAGGUUGCAUAUCCCGAGCCGGACUUGCUCGAAAUACAUUUGGUAGGACACAAUCUUGAGAGACGCUAUAUCUGCGAUAUUUGUCAGGCGGCCUUGAAGCGCAAAGAUCAUCUAACGCGUCAUAAACAGUCUCAUAAUCCAGAAAGACCUUAUAUAUGCACAGUCUGUUUGAAGGCAUUUAAACGAAAAGAACAAUUGAGUUUGCACUUUGUGAUACAUUCGGGAGAAAAACGUCACUUAUGUCACGAAUGUGGUAAAGGUUUCUACCGCAAAGAUCAUCUGAGAAAGCACACACGUUCGCAUAUUGCACGCCGUGUAAAAGCUGAGCUUAGCAUGCAGAAUGAAAGCGAACAUGGAACGAGUAUGCUACAACCAAUCACAGUGACAACAAUUACUGAGGUGCAACCUCAGUCGUCAAGUUCGGCGCAACAACAGCAUUCAAGUAACCAGCAACAACAACAACAGCAGCAGCAACAACAACAACAGCUCCAGCAACAGAUGCAUACACAACAAAUGCAACAUAUUGUGGUAACACAACAACAACAGCAACAAAUGCUUAAUUAGCCAAAUGGCGGCAAUGAU